AGCAGUCAUUUAUUUUACUUUCAUUUCAGGUAAAGGAACAUGGCCUCCGCUGGUUUUCUGCUCUUAACGCUCGCUGUCCUCAACAGCGCAAGUUCACAGACCAAAUACGGAGUGCCAACUAUUCAGCCUCAACCUCAGGACAUUGAUCUGAACACCGACGGUUCCCUGACAUGCAAGUCCACCGGCUACCCAAAAGGCCGACUCAGCUGGUUUGAUAAAGACAACAAGCCUUGGUUAGAGCAACCCGAGGUGGAGGUGCUGAAGACAGAGAAUGGUCUGUUUAUCCUCUCAAGCACGCUGAAAAUACAGCGAGGAUCUGCCUUCUCCCAGUACACCUGCAAAGUGUUCAACGCCAGAGGAGACGAAGAGGCAGAGAAAUCUUUCACAGUGCAGGACAAACCACCAUCGGCCAGAGGGCUGGAACAAGGCGCCAAAGACACCAAAGACUCAAACAGGAUUUUGGCCACCAAGAUAGUGGCUCCUGUGUUGGUCGUCGGGUCUCUGAUCGUGGGGUUGCUACUGUUGCUACUUUACAAUAGACGAUCUCAGCGUGACCAUCAAGUCAUGAUAUACAUGGAGGAAGGAGAUGAUCAGGAAACGGAGGGAGAUGUUCAAGAAAGUCUGACUACAGGAGAAACCAAGACCACUCUCACAGACGACCACUGAACUCAACACUUCUUGUUUGCUUGAGCCUGCGUCAGCAUUUUAACUUUUCCUAAUGCAAACAUCCAUGUACAUAACCAGGUAAAGCUUGUAUCACUGUGAUUUAACAGAAACUGUAAGCGCUUUGUUCACCUUUAAUCUACCAAGUAAACAAGCUCCAAUCAAGUUUAAAAUGUCAACAAAGACUCAUAUAUCGCUGACAACAGGAGUAAAAGGGGUCCAGGUCAGGCUCUGUUGUCUUAAAGUAACCACAUUGGGAACCGUUCCGACACCACGGAGUCUCUGAUGUUGAUUUAUGGAGGACAAACGUGUAUAAUGUGAUGAUUUAGCCCACGCAGUAACUGUAGCUUUUGGCAGCUUAUCAGCCUCCUUCUUACUCCCUCUUCACAUUCCAUGUCUUUAGUGAAGGGUUAGUUAGCCUGUCUUUCCCCACUCUCUCUCCAUCUCCCUCCCUGAUUUCUGACUGUCCUCUCUGUAAAUAAUAAAACCCCCAAAGCAGACUGAGUCUCCUCUUCAGCCAUCACUGAAUCAAAGACUGUGUGGGGAUUCACCUGAGCAUCAACUUUCAAAAGUCCAGAGCGGACAAAAUAAAGGUUGAAGAGGGGGGGCAGCUGCUUGAGCAACAAUAAAAGUCUAUGGAGCAGAAAGGGAGGAAUAUGCAGCUUUAAAUGCAGCGUUUUACUUUUUUACUUUUACUUUACUUUUUUUUGUUUUUCAUCUUAUCAUAGGAUUUGCAGAAAAAUGGAUUAAAUACAGAAUAAGUUUAUCCUGCCAAGAUGCUCGUUAGGAACAUUUUUUAUGAUUUAAGUGCUCUGUACUGUGGUAUGAAUGUUGUGCAAGGAUGUCAGCUCACACUGUAAGUGCUCACACUCAACGGUCUGAUUAUAAAUCACCACCUGUGUGCUCACACUGUGUCUCAUAUGCACGGCUCAAACACAAAACGCUGUGUUCCCCGGCAGCUGGAGGUCGGCAGCUAUUUCCUGCCAACGUUUCUUUUAUUCAUAUAUGUUGUGCCAGGAGGGGUUAGAGGCAUAAAAACAGGCGUGCCUGCUGUUGCCAUGGUGCUUUCAGACACUCUCUGCCAGUCUGCGCAGGCGCAAUCAGGAGAACAAAAAAGUUUGGGAAUUUCAUUCACUGUGUUAGAGUAUGUAGUCAUAAGACAAACAUUUCAGGAAUGCCAGACAUCCAUCAAACUGGUCGGAGGCAACAGAGCAGGCUGUGAUAGGCCCUUUUGUGAGGUUUGGUUUAUUUAACUUUUUUCACAACCGAGUUCUCAGAGAAACCGCCUCGCAUGCCUUUAAAAUCUUGAAUUCUGAUCGAGCCUGCAUGUCAAGCUCGAGCCUGUCAAACCAAAUAUUCUCUACUGUACUGAAGACAAGCCAAAAGUGGAAAACAAAACUCCUUAUCAACAUCCAUAUAUGUGAAUGAUUAACUGUUCUGUAACACACAGUUAAUCAUUGACCUGGUUGGAGAAAAAGCAGUGCCACAAUAAAUGUAACAUAGAUGAGUUUAUGAAAUCAACGACAAACGUCCUUACACUACUGUCAGUCAUUCAGAUUCUGUGUGUCGUGAAAAUUAGGUUUAUAUACAUGUAUGUGUUUGUAAAAUGAACUGUAUACUCUUAAUUAUUUCUUUAUCGUGUUUUUUAGCACUAGCACCUUGUACAAACUGAAUUAUGAUUGUAUGGUAAUAAAACAAAGUCUAAAUAAAAAAAACAUGAAACAACCCUGUGA